UUGUUGCGAGCGGAGAGCGUGUGUAGUGAUCGCUGUGCGCGCAGUGAGCAUACGAAAACCAAUAACUCCCAGCUUGCAGGAAGUGUGCUGCGUGAACGGUAGGACACUUCUUUCGGCGGUUCGCAGCAGCUGAGAGCGACGCCUAGGAGGAGGAGAAGGCGCGCCCGCCCGACGGCAACCGAGCAACGGCCGAUCGGCGCGGGACCGGCCAUGGCGGAGAACGAGCGUAAGGAAGACAGCGCCCACCAGGCGCCACCACGAGAAGACAAGCUGCCGCCCCCGAAAACGUCGCCGCCUCAAGUGGUGGAGGAGCCGCCCACGCCCACGCCCAUGCCCAUCCCGCUGCAGCCGCCGCCGCCCCCGCGCACCAGGGCGCAGCCGCUGCAGGUGCCCCAGGGGUCGUCUCCUCACCACCGCCUAGCGCAGCGCCGCGCGUCCGACGUCAUCGACUCCGGAGGUGCCAGCCCCUCGGGCUCGCCCGGCUCGGGGCUCUUGCAGGGCUCCUUGCCGCGCGACUUCGUGCCCUACCCGCUGCUCAGCCCGCUGAGCCCGCGCUCGCCGGCGUCCGACCGCGGUUACGGGGGCAGCGCGUUCAGCAGCCCCGUCACGCCCGUGCGCGACACCACCGACGCCGCGCCCGCCAACCUCGACCCGGAGCCGCCGCCGCAGCCGCACAGUCAUGGUACUGUGCCAACAGCAAUAAUGGCAGUGGAAAGAGAUGCUGAAGAGUAUAAUAUGAGGCACAAGCGCCGAGGACGUGCUGUAAUUAUUAAUAAUGAUGAAUUCCAAAUGGUUGGCAUGACAGCACGUGCAGGAUCAGAUGUUGAUGUCAAAAACUUGAGCGAGUCCUUCGAAGCUCUUCAAUUUGAAGUUCAGAUCCAUACGAACAAACAGUUUAGAGAGAUUCAGGAGAUAAUUCAUCAAUUGGCUGCUGAAGAUCACACCGAUGCAGAUUGUAUAGCAGUUGCUGUAUUGACACAUGGUUUAGGUAAUAAUUACCUAUUGGCACAAGAUAUUCCAUAUCCAGUACACACGUUAUGGCAGCCCUUUACAGCUGACAACUGUCUUACUCUUGCUGGGAAACCUAAGCUGUUCUUUAUUCAGGCCUGUCGAGGUGACAAGUUAGAUGCUGGUGUCAGCUUAAGACGUAGAUCACGUACUCAAACUGAUUCUGGAACUGAUUCUUAUAAAAUACCGACACAUUCUGACUUCUUGCUGGCGUUCAGUGCACCAGAGGGAUUUUUUUCAUGGCGAAAUCCUGAAAAUGGCACUUGGUUUAUCCAAUGUCUCAGUCAAGAAUUAAAAGCAAAUGCUCAGUCCAUGGAUAUACUUAGAUUGUUGACACGUGUUUCACGUCGUGUAGCUCUUGAUUACGAGUCAUUUAAUGAUCUUGUUCCUUGGGAAAAUCAGUGUAAGCAGGUGCCAUCCUUCACAUCCAUGCUCAUUCGUGACCUUAUUUUUCACCCAAAGGUGUGAAGAGCUGUUUUAAGGACUCCCAAAUUUCCUGUUAUGUGAUAACAACUGCUCAAAUCUUGCCUUCUCAUUUUAUCUGAGAGGCAAAAGCCACUGCACCGCCAACAUCUCCCUGUUGAUCUCUGAAACUAGCGACUGGUUGUGACUCUUUCCAGGGAAAAAAGUCAUGUGCGAGGCAGUUGGUUAAAAGACUUGUUGUGUCAAGACAAUCCUUGGUGCCAGUGGAUGUUUGUUUUAUAUGUACAAAAUUUUCAGAUUAUAAUAAAUUUGUAUCGCUUCUUUUGAAGUGUAUCAUCAUUGUGAAUAAAGUUUUUUCUGAUUAUUGUAUUAUUACAAAAUC